AUGGAAUGCUAUUUUAAUGUUCAACAUUUAUCAUCAUUUGAAAAUGGUACAAGACAAUUAUGUGCGUCAAUGGUUUCAAUUGAUUGCCAAAAAAGAAAUAAUAAAUUACAUAGUUUACAAAAAAUAGAAACAAUUGCAAAAGUUAAUGAUUUGUUUGGAGCACAUAAUAAAGUAGAUUUGCUGAUGCAAAGAGAUGAAGGAAAUUUUGACAUUGAUUAG